AUGGUCCCCAAACAGCCUUUGGGCCUAAGGAGCUGUGUCUCCCCCAGUGGGCGCGGGCCUGGCGCAGCAGGAAGUGAGAGGGGGUGCCAGGUGGCAGGAGAAGUGGCCAUGGUCGCGCGGGGCAAGACGUUGGUGCCACUGCUGGUGGCGGUGGCGGUGGUGGCCUCACAGUCAACCCUUCCGCAGGUGAAACCACAGGAACCCGGACUGCAGGAAACGGACCUAUUUUCAGGAAGUCGCUCUCCCCGCCUGGCUGCAAAGUGUGUGUGGGAGGUCGUCCCUGCUCAGUCUGUCCUCCUCACAGGGCCCUGCGGCCGCAGGACCAUCCCUUCACGUGUAGUGGGUGGCGACGAUGCGGAGCUCGGCCGCUGGCCAUGGCAAGGGAGUCUGCGCGUAUGGGGCACCCACUAUUGUGGGGCGACCUUGCUCAACCGCCGCUGGGUACUUACAGCUGCCCACUGCUUCCAAAAGGGUACCAAUCCCUUUGAUUGGUCAGUCCAGUUUGGUGAGCUGACUUCCAAGCCGUCUCUCUGGAACCUACAGGCCUAUUCCAACCGUUACCAAAUACAAGAUAUCUUUCUGAGCCCCAAGUACCUGGACAUGUAUCCCAAUGACAUUGCCCUGCUGAAACUGUCAUCUUCUGUCAACUACAAUAACUACAUCCAGCCCAUCUGCCUUCUGAACUCCACAUCCAAGUUUGAGAACAGAACUGACUGCUGGGUGACCGGCUGGGGGGAUAUUGGAGAGGAUGCAGACCUUGAGAUGUUUCAGCUGGAGACCAUGCUGCUGUUGCUGAUUUUUGCCAUCCUGGGGACCCCCACCUUUUCCGCAAAUGAAUACUAUGGCACAAAAACUGGGACACACUUCUGUACUUCCAUACCUGAAGGAAAAAACUUAACAGGAGUUGUGGUUUAUGUUCGGCGUAACGUGAUUAUGGGUAUCCAGGUGAGACAUGGAGAGAGCUGGGGUCUACUAUACGGCUUUUCUGAUGGGACUCCUGUGGAAUUCUUACUGAAUGAAGAUGAACACAUCAAUGGGGCCUAUGGCACACACACACACGUUUUAUGUCAAAUAGUCUUAUAUACUACCGCACUACGUGAUAAGAUCUUUGGGUCCCUUAAAGGUUCAUACGAGUUCUCCGAUUACCCUAAUAAGCCUGGCCAGGUACUCCAGGGCUUCUGUGGCUAUUAUGUAAGGGGCGGCUUCAAGGCCAUCCAGUUUGUGUGGAAAAGUACAAACGAGUCUUGUACAGAGUAA